GCCAGGCGCGGUGAAAACCUCCCGGCCGCAGGUGUCAUGUGAAACGCCGCAUGCUCGCUGUGACUGGCGCAGUGUUUGGGAAAUGUUUCUAUUCUCUCGUCUCUCUGUCGGCCAAGUGACACCAGGCAAAAACUUUAUAUCCGAGGAUCUUGGUUUUGUCUUUCUUUCUGUUGUUACUUCUUUCUUUUCCCUCGUGUGUGUGUGAGAGAUAGUGAGUGUGUGUGUGUUUCUUCAUGCCUGCCGCGUCCGGGAGCGAGUUGCCACCACUAUGCGAGCCCAAAUUGAAGUUAUACCAUGCAAAAUCUGUGGAGACAAGUCCUCAGGGAUCCAUUAUGGGGUCAUCACAUGCGAAGGGUGUAAGGGCUUUUUUAGAAGAAGUCAACAAAACAACGCCUCAUACUCUUGCCCUCGGCAGCGCAACUGCUUGAUCGACAGAACCAACCGUAACCGCUGUCAGCACUGCCGCCUACAAAAGUGUCUCGCUCUGGGCAUGUCGCGUGACGCCGUAAAGUUCGGCCGCAUGUCAAAGAAGCAACGUGACUCGUUAUAUGCUGAGGUACAAAAACACCAGCAGCGGCUACAGGAACAGCGGCAGCAGCAGACAGGUGACGUUUACUCGUCUGGUCUGAGCACUCUCGGACACGACCUGGCUGGCGCCUACACCAAUGGACAUGUCAUUGACAUGGCCAAGACGCAUGCUAACGGAAAUCCCGCUGCCUACUACAGCAUGGACUCAACCCAGCCGAGCCCGGACCAGUCCGGACUGGACAUGGCAGGAAUGAAGCCCAUCAAACAGGAGCCUGUCUAUGACCUGACGCCCGUGCCCGACCUAUUCACCUACUCAUACCAGGACAGCCAGCUAGCACCUGGAGUGUCCAUGGGGGAGCUCGACCGAAUUGCACAAAACAUCAUAAAGUCUCAUAUGGAGACUUGUCAGUACACGGGCGAGGAGCUGCAGCAGCUGUCCUGGCAGACGCAUUCAUACGAGGAGGUCAAGAUGUACCAAAGCAAGUCAAGGGAGGCGCUAUGGCAACAGUGUGCAAUUCAGAUCACUCACGCCAUUCAGUACGUGGUGGAGUUCGCCAAGCGCAUCACCGGCUUCAUGGAACUGUGUCAGAACGACCAGAUACUGCUGCUCAAAUCAGGUUGUCUCGAGGUGGUGUUGGUAAGAAUGUGCAGAGCAUUUAACCCUCUCAAUAACACGGUUCUGUUCGAGGGCAAAUACGGCGGCAUUCAGAUAUUCAAAGCACUCGGCUGCGAUGAUCUCGUCAGCGCCAUGUUCGACUUUGCCAAGAGUCUGUGCUCUCUACAGCUGACAGAGGAAGAGAUUGCACUGUUCUCUGCAGCUGUGCUUAUCUCCACAGAUCGGCCUUGGCUAAUGGAACCAAGGAAAGUCCAGAAGCUUCAGGAGAAAAUAUACUUGGCCCUCCAGCACAUUAUGCAGAAGAACCACAUGGACGAGGAUGCAUUGACUAAGCUGGUUGGUCGAAUCCCUACACUUGCGGCACUGUGCACCCUGCACACAGAGGAGCUUCAGGCCUUCCAGCAGCUACACCCAGAAACAGUCAACAUGCUCUUCCCUCCACUCUACAAGGAGCUUUUCAAUCCUGAUGUGGCCAAUGUCAUGUCCAAGUGACAAAUGCUUUUUUAAAAAAAAGAAAAACACGACGGCAGAACACUACGGCAGAACAUUCAGGGGCUUGAGCCACUGAGGCAGAGCAGGCAAAGUUAACUGGGUCACCAUGACACAGCAGACAGCAGCAUACAGCAACCUGAGGCGACGAUACAAUGAGAAGACUUCAGGAAUGACCAGCACUUCAAACAUUCGACUUCAGUUUCACCGAUUCAGUCAAAAGAAUGUAUAUACACGCCUGUUAGUGAGGAUCUGACCAGAAACGUACAGACUUUAGAGCCUUUAAUAAGCUGUCUUUUAUUUGGGUAAGUUUAUUUGUUUGGUUUUUUAUACAGAAUUGUGAAAAGAAAAAGGGGGACAAGGGUCAAACACAGAGUAUCUCAUAGUAAUUCCCUAGUUCUGAUAUAUUCCAGUAUUAAACCACAUUCUGUUUAUAUUCUAGUCAUAAUUUAUAAGCAAGAACCCAACAGGCCGGUACUUUGUGUAAAUCUUUUCUUUUUUGUAGUUUUACAUGUAUAUAAUUUGAGAGCAACUUGUAAAACUAUACUAGAGACAAUUUCCUUUCGGGUACGGUUAAAAAAAAAAGCCUUGUCUGGGCCAUGUAGAUAUGUAUAGACUCUACAACAAUGUUUAGAAAUGUUACGGAAAUGUAAAUGAUUUUCUAAUAGAAGAACAAUAAUUCUUGAUCUUUUUCCAUAUGAAAAUAUUGAUAUAUAUUUUGCAAAUGCUUAUGGUUGAUCAAUCAGUCACCUCUGCAAUAAUGUCAAUAAGCACUAGUCAUUCAAGAUCAGUUUAUGAAAAGCCCCCCAAAAAUUAGAUCUUAAAUUUAGAAAAAAAUUAGAUCUUUUAUUUCUGCUGAGACGCAAGCAGAAAGACUUUCUGAUAGUCGUCACACUUUUAAUGGUUGUAAACAUUCCCUUUAAAGAUGCACUGCAGUAUUUAUUCAGCAAGGAUUGUUCCAAGCUUGAGCACACUUGUCCCAAAAAAAAAAGGUUAAAAAAUGUCUUUAUUUGAAAAUUGCAAGAAAAUCUCAUGCUAGACACUAGUUGAAACGCCUACCAUCACAAGCCUUUUAUCAGACAACCGAAACAACCACGGCCAAGUACGACCAUUUAACUGUUUUAAACUAAAGUCUAUUUUUCCCGGUCACAAACACAAGAGCUGCAUCCCAAAUGAUGUACUACACACUAACACUAUGCACUAUGUACUCCAGCGUAAAGUGUAUGAAUUUUAGAAGAGUAGUAUUGUCUCAAACACACUGGAACCCAUUUUUAUUUACUAACUGGAAGUUUAAGUUGUUACCCAGUCGAUUGUAAAUGACAUCUAACGCACGUAAUGGGACGCCGCUAGCUUCAGCAGUAUACGAUGAAUUUUAAAAUUAUCACUUUUUAAAAAUACAAGACGUCUGGUCCAGCGAAGCGUCGUCUCCCAUCUUGAACAAUUUUUCUCCUCCAGUAGCCCUGCCUCUCUCCCGCUAUGUAAGCAAAGCUGUGACUAUCAGCAUUCCACGCUUGUUUUUUGGGGUUAAAUUAGUGCAUCAUCAAGGUACUUGAAGUGUCGAUAUUUAAAAUUGUGUGUGUUUGUGAGUGUGUUGACACUAAAACAGUUAGAAGGAAAUGCCGACAAAUAGUGCAUAAGUAUGAGAUUUGGAAUGCACCCACUGUCUAAGAUCACAAAACUAGCUAACAUAGCAGUCAAUAUGCUAUUGCAUACAAACACAAUAUUCCAGGCAACCAAAUCGUGAGAAUUAAUACUGAUCAAGCUAAAGAUCAAGCUCAAGCUAAAGAUAAAACUAGCAGUGACCAAUCAAUUAUUUCUUAACUUCUAUUAUUCUACUAUAAUAUUCCCAUAAGAAAACUGCUGAAAAAACACAGCAUUGAGAACAUGCUGUUAGGUAUUUUUUCCUAUUUAUUUUAUUUUAAUUAAGUUAAAUGGAAAUAAUGAAUGCCUCCAAGGAUUAACUCUUUAACUAGCUUGCUAAGUAUAUAGUUGCCAACUAGAUUGCAAGUAAAUGAUGAUGAAAUGUAUGUAAUUAUUUCAUUUGCGUCACAAUUAUACGUCUCAACCAUGCUCGUGUUUAUUUUGCCAGUGUGAUAAAGAAUAUUUAAUCUAAUGUUUUAGAAUAAUAUGGCCAGGAAUAUUCCAUAUUGAAAGAAAAAAAUGGUACCGUCGUUUCAGGCAUUUCACAUGGAACAUGCUUGUCGAGUCUUGUGUAGACAUUUUUGUCUAAUAGACGCUCUUCAGUGGCAAUAUUGUAGCUUUGACAAUCAUGUAGCAUUCUACUAUUCAUUUUUUUAACAGUUCCAGUAGGACAAAUCUGAGCAGGUCCUAGUGUCAAGCAUAUAUUUGUUCUUUCUUAGUUUACAAUUUUCACGAUUCUCUCAGGCAAAAGCAGUUUAACAACAACCCCAUUUAGUACCUUGAAGUUAAAUCAAACAAUCAAACACCACUCAGACAGCCAUUUGAAAAGAUUUUCCUUCCGUCCAGUUACAUUUCCAGUAAAAGCAUCAUGAUACUUUAAUACAGUGUGGUUCUUAAUUUGUAAAAUCUGUUCUAUUGCCCCACUCAGUAAAUAUGGAUUAUUUUCAUGAAGAUUACUGAGCUUUAUUGAAUUUCCCACCACAGAGCUUUCCAUAGAUCUCCUGGGUCCUGGUGAACUCUGGGUAUUUAAUAAUUUAUCAACAAUAAUAACAUUAUCCUGGGUUAUUGUUAGUUGUUUCACUAAGCUCACGCUUUACCUGGGGUUAACAGUUAAUCCUGGCACUUCAUAAUCUGAGGUUUCACACUGUUCGUUCCUAAACUCCGCAUUCUUAUUUGCAUAUUUGCGCAUCAACAACCAGGAUUGGAUAAAUCAAGCGCAUGGCCGCUUUAAAUAACGGCUCGUCUCAUGCUUUCACGUCAGUGAGGAAAAAAGAUCUGGUCUGUCGUUCGGGACCUGAGCAGUUUAUCAUUCACAUCUUUCUUAUCUUGUUUGGUCUUUUCAAGUUUGUCGUCUAGUUGACCAGGCAUUUGAUGAUAUCCAGCUUCUGGUAAUUUUUCAGUGUCAUGUAUUUCCUUUUUGCUACAUUGCACUCUUCUGCUGCCUGACAAUAAGUGUUGCUGCUUCCUGGUUUUCACAUGAUAUGUUUUUCAUGCACUGUUCAAUUUCUGUUUGUUGCUAAGCAACUAGCCAGAAAACACUGUACACUGCUUCUAAACUCCAAGUGUGAAACGUUCCUGUACCCAGGAUUUGCACUGUGUGAAAAGCUCUGUGGUUCACUUUGGUGCUUGGACCCCAUUGGCAAUAAGAUCCACCAUUUUAAUGAAUAAAAAAUUGGCAACACUGGGAAAUUGCUAUGGUGUAAAUUGAAUUAAACCCCAUAGUUGAUUAUUUUUCUAUAACGGCACAACCUGUAGUUUUUUUCUUUUAAAUUCUUUACAUACUGUAUAUGAUUACUCAUACAGAUUCUGAUAUUUUGCAAUGGCCACCAAACCAGGUUUAGUCGUCCGAACCACUGGUCCAUCUCUCCACUCUCAGCAGAUACUAGUGCGUCGUGCAAUCAGUAAAUUCCGAUGAAAAUGAAGGAAGAAACGAAUAAAAAAGCAGUUACAGUACAGAUCAGGUGUGAAAGGCAAAACAAGAAAAGCUGAGGAUCUACACACACUGUCCAUGCCGACACCCGAUUGGUUUUUCUGUAAACACUCUGCUUCUUUCUUAUUCAAGACAAUCAUCUCUGGAUGCCACCUGGAAAGCAUCCAUCUCAGGGAUUUCAGCAUUUGUUAUUUUCAAUAGAAAGAGUCUCCUAUUUUAAAAAGAAAAUGGACACUUUCGAGAAAAAAAAAAAUAACAAAUCUUUAAGAUUUCUGAAAUACUGCCUGAAAUAUGACCUACCCAGACAAGGCUUUGUGUGUGUAUGUGAAUGUGUGUGUGUGUGUGUGUGUGUGUGUGUGUGUAAUGCUGACAGGGUAAAUACUUACUAAAUACUCGUGAAAGGCCUAGUGGCCUGUAAAUACUGUUAAAAGUGAUGAAAUCACUCAAUACAGAGAAAAGAGAGGUUGAAAAAAUAGAACACUGUAAUUAUUAUUAUUAAUUAUUAUUAUUAUGCUUUUCCUACGAUCUCUAUGUAAGUUAGUUUAUUUAUAGAGUGUAUAAUUAUGCUGAAUAUGCUCCAGAUCCAUUUCAGCGCUCAGUAAAUGUGGCGACAAUGUAUUUUUUCUUCUUUUUCUUGGUUUAGGACAGAAGCGAUCACAUUGUAAACAAACAGUUUCAACACUGUUUUAGGUUUUACUGUACUGUAGCAAUAACUAAACUCUGAAUUUCUGUCCCAUUUGCAUUGUUAUUUGGAUUUAUUUUUAUUUUUUAUUUUUGUUGUUAUCCUGAUUUUGAUAUUUCUAUUAAAUCCUAGCCUGUUGUUCGGUUAUCCUUGCAUGCUGUUUCAUGGCGAUGGAACGGAAGGAAAAACAGUCAGGAUUUUGUGUUUGGUUUACGUGAU